UGACGUUUAUCACAUGUUACAUUUAUGGUAAAGCUAGUUGAAGCUGAUUAUGCCGAUGGUGUUCACUAACCAUGGCUGAAACACCGGUCACCAGGAUUGAUAUGAAACAUGGAUUUAUGAAAAGUAUUAUCAGGAAUCAAGUGGACCGAAACACAUAUGAGAAAGAAGUCAAAGCUAAGAAGGGCGUGUCAAAGACUGGCAAACAUUCUGGGUCUAAGCACAAGAAACCUGAGGCCCAUGUGUACAUUCCUCCUAUGAGACAGCAGAAAGAUGAAAAUUUGAAAGAAGAAAUGUUUUGUUUGGAGUUUGAAGACAAAAAUGGAGAAGUUUACAACUUCACGGUCUACCAGUGUGACAGAGCUGGGGCGGUUGCUAGAAGAAUUGGUCAAGAGGCACAGUUACCUCCCUUGUUUGUGGGUGCACUGGAGGAGAGACUACAGCAAGAGUUUGAAAACCAUGCCAGUCAGAACAAUCCUAUUUCCUGAACACUUACCAGACUAAGGGUCACUCACCAAGCCUGUCUCCACAGGUUUCUGAUCAAAGGUUCUAGCAUGCUAAAUUGGAUGAUUCUGCUGUGGCCAGGGACUGGCUACACAAGUAGCCUGACCAUGAGUAUCAGAGCUGUCUCAGUUCAGGAACAAAGCUUGUCGGACACCAAACAGCAUUGCAGUGUCGACAGAUGGUCAAAGUUUGCAAUUUCUUCACCUUUGUACGUUUGUCAUGGACUAGUACACUUUUUUGAACUGGACUGAUUCUGUUUUAGAUAGACUAUUAAAUACACUUGACUCUAUCCCUUAGCAGUGCUGUAUCAUGCUUCCGCUCGCUGUGCUCUUGUUUACCUUCAGAUGCAGAAAUAUAGAGCAUAUCUUGGCCACUGUUAUAUAUACGGACAUUAAACUUGGUAUCUAGGAACAUCAUGAGAAGGCACUGAACAGGACACUAUAAUCCCCACUUAACCUUGAUGUUGAGGACCCCAAAUACAGGUUUCUGUGCCAUAUCUUAUGCAAAGAUUCAUGUAGGGAGAUCAUGCUUCGUAUGCUUAUACCUACCAUGGUCAGAUGAUGUGUAGCAUACCAAAAAAGGAUCAGUUAAACCUCUCUUCUGUAUCGUUUUAUAUAAAAAUCUUAAGGUGUGUGAACAAAGUCCCCACUUCAAAUUAAAUCUAGUUUCCUAAUAUUCCUUUAUGUAUUUCCAUUAUAAUAUGGCCAAACCCCUUUAUAUAAAGCUAACACUUUAAUGGGCAAAAAGUUAGCAUGAUAAAAUUGUUUUAGUAUAUCAUUUUGAAGCAUUCCAGAAAGUUUCCUUACUAUUGUAGCCCCUGUAGGUAUACUGGAUAAAACAUACACUUACCUGUUGGAUAUACGAACGUUUUGUGUUGCGCAUGAGC